AUUUUUUCUCUCGCAGAUUAGGGAGGGUUUUCCAAACCUGUAUGAGUUGUUAAAGUGGUGGCAGUUUGCGCGUCCAUCGAUUAAAGUCGCUGUUGGAUGGUCUUUACCACGAAUAACGGAAAUCAUUCUAAAUCUUUAUCAUGAAGCUGGAUCAAACAAGUGAUGAGUCGUCUAAUACGUUCCUGUCGAAGGUUUGUCGACCGGUCACUGUGAUGCACCAAACCAUAGUUGAUAAGCUCUAUCCAUAUAGGAUAACUAGAUGGCUAUUUGCACUGCUGUUAUUUGCUAUUUACGUGCUCCGGAUAGCAUCUAUCCAGGGCUUCCAUAUCGUUAGCUAUACUCUCGCAAUAUAUUUAUUAAGUUUAUUCAUAUCAUUUAUUUCUCCAAAAGUAGAUCCUGCUGCUGCAGAUUAUUCGGAUGAAAUCCCUACACUUCCACGAACUGUAGGUGAAGAGUUUAGACCAUUUAUACCAAGAUUACUUGAAUCAAAAUUCUGGUUGUAUGUAUUUCGAACGUUAGUUUUAUAUCUUAAAUUAUCCAAACACGCCAUACGUAUUAGUGAUACGUAAAACAGUUCAGAAACGUAAUUCACAUGACCACUACCUUAAUUGACUAUAAUUUAGCAAAAUUUUCGUAGUGUUUUGUUUCGCAAAAGAAUACUUCCAUUAUUCAGUGGUGGAUAUAUAUCUAUCGUGCUACUCUUUUCCGUUGAUCAUGAUUAUUUCAGCAUCAUUCUGAGAAGGUUGAAAUGCUGCUGUUAGUUUUGCCAUUAAGAAUCUCAGCUGAUCUAAUUUCGUCGCUAGUUUUGUAGUGUUUUACUGUGGUGCACUACGUUUCUCAUUAUUGUCAACAUCCAUAUCAUGGAUCAACGUAUUGCUGCAAACAUCAUCUGCAACUGAAAACCAGUUUUGAAUAAAGUCCCAUCCAGCGAAUUCGACGGAGAUCUAAUGCCAAGAAAAGGCUAUCCCUGUCGGUUCGGAGUGCAUGUGGCGAUUUCAGAAGACUUGGCUCUCCACCGUCCGUGCCGUUGCAAUCAGUAUAUUUUGCACAUAUCUUCCAUUCUUGGAUAUUCCGGUAUUUUGGCCGAUACUAGUAAUGUAUUUUAUAAUGUUGUUUGCUAUUAUGAUGAAGAAGCAAAUUAAGCAUAUGAUCAAAUAUCGCUACGUUCCAUUUACUUAUGGGAAACCGAGACCUGUCGGAUCAAACAAUAAGGAACAAGCAUCUCCUGUGAUUAACUCAUGACAUAUAAUUAUAAAUAAGUUGUCUUCUUAUCUCUCUAAAUCACUGUGCUUCUUCAUCUUUUGUUCAUUUUCGGUAUCUGUACAUAGUUGUUUUGAUCUUAUCUUUGCCUGUAUAUGGAGUUUUGAUUGUAUUUUUAUGCUUUAAAAGAGGAUAUUGAUUACUGAAAACUAAAUUGUCUUUGUUCUAAAUCACGUAGUUUGUAUAUUUCUUUUUGUCGUUGAAAAAUCUCUUGUUCUUUUCUUGAAUAAAUUUUAAAGCACAAAUCCAGAUAUUUUCAUUGUACAUAGGUAUGUACGGUAACUUCGGGAACUGAAAUUGUGAUACCUUUGUUUUACACAUUUCAAGAUACUUUACUCCUAUCUUUUAAAUACCCCCUAUUUAUUGCAAUAUACUUGUUCCAUUGUUCUAAACAUCUUUUGUGAUUCUCAAAAGUCAAACCCUUCCAGCUAUCUCCUUUUCUGUUUUAUUUUCUUUACAUCGUUUUCAUUCCCCCGUUUUCACAGUCGUCUUGGAUUUCAGGAAUAAAAGCCCUUAGUCUAGUG